UGCAAGUAUAGCCUUGAAAUCUCAGAAGAGUCUGGAUUUGAGCUAAACGAAUAAUGGCGACUGCUGCUGCUUCUUCGUCGUCGUCCAAAGGAUGGAUGAGCAAUAUUCAAACGAAGGCUGCUCGCAUCUUUUCGUCCUAAUCGUUUUUCAGGUCCCACUUUUCAGAGUUCCAUGCAGAGCUGGUAUGUGCACCACACCAUUGCAUUUCACAUCUUCUCAGCUGAUUACGAGUGAGAUCUUUCGUGUUCCGGUAGUGAAGGCUCUUCUGUACCCUGGGGCUCUGGCUAAUGGCCUUGUAAAGAACAUGACUAUUCCAAGCUGGGAUAACUUAUUAGAAAUCUAUAACUUGACCAAUGCAAAGGAAGCCAGUCCAGGAGCUACUUCUCUGUGGCUGGAGCCCUUGUAUGUGUUCUGAAAUCAGGGAGGAUGAGCAUGUUUGGGACACUUUUGUUGAUUUGGGGCCUCAUCAAAGAAGGUAUCCUUGGAAAGCCUGUGACAACUGUUCCUACUAAAGCCGUGUAUGUCUACCCAACUAUGUUGCUUGCGUUGAUCGCCGCCUUCUCAUCUAUAAAGUAUGAUGCCAAGAAGCUUGCUAGACCUGCACCGGCUAGGCCUAUUGCAAAGCCUGUUCAGAGGUCUUCAAAUUCUAAGUUGAAAUGAGUUGAACUGUAUCCAUCAAAUUUUGUGUAAUGCUUUUGACAGUUGGCGAGUUCAAAACUGCAUAACCUGUUCAAGAUUUGUUAUGAAAAAUAUUGUUGUCAUCUUUCUCUUCAAAUCACCAAUUGUUUCUGAAAUUCAUCUCUCAUCAAUACUAGAAAGUGGGAUGAGGGUUGAGGAAGUGA